AUGUCCGCGGGGACAGUGGUCAUCGCCGGAGCCGUACUGGCUGCGGUCAUUCUGCUGACCAUCGUGGGGGUGCUGUGCCUCUGCAGGCUGCAGUAUUACUGCUGUAAGAAGGAGGAGUCAGAGAAGGCAGACAACGACGGGGAGGCGGAGUUUAGCACCAUGACCCGCCCUCUGGCUCUGUCGGCUCCGCCCACUCCCCCAACGCCGGACCGCCACAGCAACACGCCGGACUCGUACCCGCCCACCUUCCUGACGGAGGCCAACGGGCCGGGCUGCUGCACCCCGCCCCCGCCCCCGCCCCAGUGCCGUCGCGCGCACUACUGCCCCACGUGCACGCGCCCGGUGCCCUUCUGCCUCCAGCGCCCCACGUGCUCCUGGGACGGACGCAACCUCUGCUACCGCUCCUUCCAACAGCACCACGUGGAACUGCCGCUGGACAUCAGCACCUUGUACCGCAAACUCCAGCUGCUCACCAUGAGGGAGAUGAGCCACCACAGCGUCAGCACCGACGUCUAA